AUGGCGCCUGGAACGCGUCGCGCCAAUCGAGCUGGGUACGCCGAGCAUGACGAUUUUGAAGGUCUGCCCGUGCGACAAUGGCGACAAGAAUGGAUAAGCGUUGCGCCGCCGCAACAGCAAGAACAAAGUCAACAAAAUGAUGUCUGGUCAAUCGAUCUGCCCCAUGGCAUGCCGAAGGAUUCGCAUCUGCUUCCCGCACAUAGCCAGGAGCUUCUUGCCGCCGCACGAUCCGGACGACUGUACAAAAGACCUGCGCCAGCCGAAGAGGAGGAGAACGACGCUGAUGCAGCUCCUGAGAAGACAGAGAAGAAAGAAGAAGAUACAGGCGCUAGAGGAUUCAGUGUCAAGGUCUGGAAACAGCUGCCACGAAACCUUGAUAAUUCUGGUGCGUCGCAUCUCGCCAAGCGACAAAAGAACACCGUGACAAUCGCCAGUCGGACAGUCGAAGAAAAGGUCCAGGGACCAACAGUUACGAGGGCGACUAUCAGGAGAAUCGAUGCCGCUGGAAACCCAUAUACAGAGGAGGUUACCCUAGGUGAGGGUCAGAAGGUUCAGGGCGAAAUCGUUUCAACUAGAAUCGAACCUGCGCCUGCCGCCGGCUUAGAGCCUCUUGCUACGACACCUGUGCCCAACCGACGACGACCUCCACCUCCCAAGAGAAAGACCAAGGCUGGUCCUGGUCGCGGAAAGAAGAAGAUCAAGAACCCUCUGCCUGAAACUGGAGCUCCCGUCGUGGCACCCGCUGGAACUGCAGAUGGUGCCACCCCUGCCGUUCCCAUCAAGCCUGAGAACCCCGCAGAAGCUGCUAUUAAACAAGAGCGCGAAGACUCGGCCAAUCGGGACAGUUCAAUGGUCGAUGCGGAUGAUGACGAUGACGAUGAAGAUGGAGAAGAUGACGAAGGUGAUGAAGCUGAAGAUGGUGACGGAACACCAGCUCCGGCGGACGGUCAGGCGAGCGGUGAAAACAACAAGCAGCAAGAUCACGAAAUGACGGAUGCUGCCCCCACAACGACCACCGAGGCUGCUCCCGCCCCGCCUCCUGCUCCUGUGCCUGCUCCAGCUGAACCUCCUGUUGCUGUUGCUGUUGCUCCCGCAAACGAAGACACUGAUGUUGUUAUGGAAAACGAUUCUUCUGAACCUGCACAAGAAAGCGCUGCAAACCUAGCGCCACCUGCCCUCACGCCUGAAGAAUCAAGGGUUGAAGGCAGUCCUCUCAAGAACGUUGUCAUGCCCUCGCCUACAAAGGAAGACACAGAGCAGAUACUCCAAGAAUCACUUAACGCACCUUUCGCCGAUAUUGAUGAGAAGAAGGAGCCUCAACUGACCGAGGAAAAUCUCAAAGAGGUAUCUUUGGAACCCCCUGUUAAUGACAAUGAGCCUCAUGCAUCAGGCGUCGAUGAAGAGCACCUUCUGAAAACGGCUGCGAAUGCUGCGUUCGGAAUUGACCAACCGCCAGUAGUAGGACCCGCGGCUGAACCUGCUGAGUCAACCGUGGCCGAGCCGCCAUCGACGAUUGUCGGAGAGGCCCCUGAAGCUGCAACUGAUCGCGAUAUUCCCAUGUUGGAGCCAACUGAUAAUGAAGCGCUGCUGCCUCCUCCACCUGAAGAAGUGGGCAAUAUUGCUGCUUCGCCUCCGGGAAGCUCUGGUGGACAAGGACAUUCUGCCCCUGGAAGUGAGGCCAAGCUUCCCUUUGACAUUCUACCUGGCGAAGAAGCUCUUCCGUCAAGACCGCAAUUGGAACAGAAGGACACUGGUUUGACAGAAGACAGCAUCAGACCCGAUGACUCAGCUUCAAUCACUGCACCUGUCUCUGACGUUCCUGAUAUUCCAACUGCUCCUCCUUCAGUUGUUGAGCCCCCAGCAGAGCCCCCUGCUGAAACUACCUUGCAAGAGUCUGCAGCAGAGGAGGCUAAGUCACCAACACCGCCUCAAGCAGAGGUCAAGGAGGAGUCCAUUCCUCCCGCUGUUGAAGAAGUUACCAGGGGAGAAUCUCCUGAUGUGAUGGCCAGCUUGAUGGAUAAGCUUGAUCAGGAACAUGCAGACAUAGAGACCAUCAAGGAAGAUUUGCCAACUCCACCAGUGCCUGCGCCAGUGGAAGAGUCUGUGCCCGAGGCUCCUACGGAGAUGGACAUUGAACCCACUGUUGAACCUGUUGCUGAACCUAUCGAAGAGCCUGUUGCCGAGUCUGGACCCGACCCUGUUGCUGAGACUGAGGUCAAGCCAAGUGUCGAGGCACCUGUUGAGGCACCUGUAGAAACACCUACAGAAGCACCCACAGAAGCAGCGGCCGAUGUACCCCCCGAGCCAGCCUCAAUACCAUCAGAGGCUCCGCAAGAACCAGUUGAUGAGCCCAUGGUUACUGAGCCUAUGGCUGCUGAGGAAGAAAAGCCCAGUGAUCCUGUCCUUGAAGCCCCUGCUGUAGAGGCCCCCAUAGUGCCGGAGCCUAUGGAGGCUGAGGCAGAAAAGAAGGAGGAAGAAAUUAAGAAGGAGGUCGAUACCGCUUCUCUCGAGGCACCCACGAGCCAAUAG